AUGACCAUCAGGCAGAGUGAACUGGACUUUGAUCCUCAGCCAAGUCUGGACGGAUGUGCAGCUGUGUGUUCUGCACACGCUGAGCUGUACAUACAGCACAGAUGGUUCCGCUCCUUGGAUGUCUCAGGCGUUGAGGCGGAGGAGGGCCUGCUGGAGCUGCGGUUUGGCCCUCCUAGCCAAAGUCAGUCAUGCCUGCUUUUAGCAGCCCACUCACACAGCCUGGGGAAGAUCCGCUCGGACCAGGAACUGUCCGGGGACAAGAAGGACCACGUGCUCGUGGACAGGGCUGGCCGCUGUCCUCCGCCCCCACCGUCUGGGCCUGGGUGGGCUCCCCUGUCACGGCCCCUCGAGUGCCAAAGCAUCGGCUCAAAGAGCCAGCCCGGGAGGAUUAAAGGGCAGACCUUCCACUCCAGGUGUCAGGGGCUGGAGGCUGAUGCACAGAUGAAGAUCCUGCUGCAAGGAGCUUAUACUGUGGUGGAGAAGACAGCUGACAAACAAAGGAGCAGAUUGCAUCCGGAAGUGUCUCAUGGCAGGGACAUAAAAACGGCCAUGGCUGGAGAACAUCUGACCUACAUCCAUUUCAGAAGUUUACUGAUGGAGGUUGCCCAGCUGUCUCCACAUCAUGUUUUAUUGUCAUGCUGGCAUCCCAACAGAAGUUUCCUUCUUUUGUUUUCCUGUUACGGAAUGCCGUUUGGGGCACCUGAGUCUGUGCUGCCCACGGCAACUGCUGGUGAGAGGAUGCCCCGGUGCCACCUCCCCGGCUGAGCUGCUCUGUACCCCUGCGAUCCAUAGACAUUUGCUUUCAUACCAAUGCCCCGCGUGGAGGUGUCUAUCCCAUGAGGUGACUGUGCAGGAGCAAGUCACAGGGUGAGCAGGGCCCUGCCCAGUGCAGGGGUCCGUGUCUCCCGGGGCUGAGCAAAUCCCCCCUGGAUUCCCCACCCCACCCCUUGUGUGUGUGUACACAGUCCCUCUCAUGGAAUAGUGCAGAUUCUGUUUCUCUGCAAAACUAGCAAAACCCCAAUUGCCGGUGCAUCUGAACUUGACAGACUAACAGAGUCUGUGUAAAGUGAGGAGAACAUGAGGAAAGUUCAGAAAUUGAUCAUUUAGCCAGAAACUGUCUUUUGAACAACUUUCCUCUUGGAUGCUUGCAUUAUGGAUCUGAAGGUUCCACUCGGAUGUUCACUUAUGACCUAUUUCAUGUGAUGGAAUGAAUGAUGGGCAAUGGCGAGAUCUGCAAAUUUGUGGAUUCAAGGAAAGUGUCAGGAUGGAGCCCCUUUGAAGGAUGAAGGCCGUGGACCUGAAGCAGGGGCUUAAGUGGAGGUGCACCUACUGAUUCUCCUUUCCCCCAAAUACCUGGCACUCAAACAUCCCUCCCAGGCCACCCCACCUUCCCCUGCAAAACAAACCAACCAACCAACACAGGGAGAAUGCUACUGAUAAAAAAAAUAGUAAUGAGUUUUCUGGGGAGGUCUAGACGUUGGUGUGGCCUCUUUUGUGUGACUUUCCUCUUGGAUGUUGAUGAGGCAUUUGCUGACUCCUUCCCCUGGGCCCUGGUCCUGGGUGACUAUUUACUCCCAGUUUGCACGCCCUUCUGUGAGGUCCACUAGCCACUGGCCCCUCUUUCAACCCCAGGGCUCCCAAGCAGCUUUUUGUGCCUGGCUUUAAAAAGUGAACAGCCAGCCAGUGAUCAUCAGGUGUUUAAGGAAAACUGGAAAUGCAAAAGGAAAGAACAAGGAAAACAAUCAGAUAAAAAAUUCAGGGCAAAAGAGAAUCCAGAGACAGAUGUGGUUGCCCUGGAGAUGUAGCAGCCAGAUGUCCCUUCAAGAGCGAGCCCUCCCCCACAAAGCCCACAGCUUGCUGAUGGGCUCUGGCUGAGGGUGCCUUCAGAUUCUGCCUUGCUUUCAAGCUGAGGCCUAGGCUCCGUGGGCAGCCACCAGCAGAGGAGGGCAGUUGUACCAUGGCUCUCCUUGUCUGGCCAGUGUGGGAUCCUCCAAGGACAAUAUUCGUACUGGAGCUCCCCCAAAGGCUGGUGGAGGCUUUCUCAGGAAUCCACCACCGUCUGAGGCUCCUUCUCCACAGUCUUCCUUCCUCCCCCAUCUCCUGGCACAGGUGUCAGACCUGCCUUGCAUUCUGAAGCCUCUCCCUGUCUUCUCCUGCUCCUUCUCCCCUUCAUCUUUCACGGGAUCAUAUCUCAUAACUCCUUUGCAUUUCUGUUUUUGCUUCUGCUUUGCAGAGGACCCAAGAAUUGGGUUUAGGAACUGGAUCGCCCACAGCCUGGCUGGCAAGGAGGACCCCAUCCCCAGGGGUAUGGAUAAUCCCUGGCACAGAGUGGUGGCACAGAUGUUGAUGAUUUUAGUGGUGCUGACUUGGAAGGAUGUCCCAGUGAAGGGAGAUGCCCUGCCUAGUGAUGAGUCCAGCUGUCGAAAUGCUCAUAAGCACAGUGGAAAUGCAGCUGAUUCCGAGUCACUGAUGUCCUAUGGAGGGAUAAUGGGAAACUGGGGGUGGUUAAUAAACAUUUAGAGCCUAAAAAUGAAGGGCCUCACUGAGCUUGCACAGAGGCCCUUAUCUCCUAUAGUGGAGACAACACAGCAGAGGAGGAACUCAGGAUCUUGUAAUGGGGCUGCCGAGGUUCAGUGAUGGUUGGCUGCUCAGUGGAGGUAGUUCAGGGCUGUGCCAGUUUGGAUGUAUUAUGUCCCCCAAAAUGCCAUGUUCUUUAAUGCAAUCUUGUGGGGGCAGAUGUAUUAGUGUUUGUGAUGGUUGGGUUCAUGUAUCAAC